GGGGAAGCUCCUUCUCGCCACACUGCUGCUCUCCUCCUAUACGUUAUAUCAUCCGGUGUCUCAGUCGUGCGAAUUGUACUACCCACCAACUCUUUAACUUGCAAAGAUGUUUCGCUUACCAACAGUCAUGAAGCAAAUGAGGCCAGUGUGCAGGGCUCUGGCCCCCCACCUCACACGAGCUUAUGCUAAGGAUGUGAAGUUUGGAGCAGAUGCACGUGCCCUCAUGUUGCAGGGAGUGGAUCUGCUGGCUGAUGCCGUAGCUGUCACCAUGGGCCCUAAGGGUCGCACAGUCAUCAUUGAGCAGAGCUGGGGAAGCCCUAAGGUGACCAAGGAUGGUGUCACGGUGGCCAAGAGCAUCGAUCUGAAGGACAAGUACAAGAACAUUGGGGCCAAGCUGGUGCAGGAUGUGGCCAACAAUACCAAUGAGGAGGCUGGAGAUGGCACUACCACCGCCACGGUGCUGGCACGUGCCAUUGCCAAGGAGGGCUUUGACACCAUCAGCAAAGGUGCCAAUCCCGUGGAAAUUCGUCGCGGUGUAAUGAUAGCUGUAGAUGUAGUCAUCGGUGAGCUGAAGAGGCUCUCCAAACCCGUCACAACCCCCGAAGAGAUUGCACAAGUUGCUACAAUCUCUGCCAACGGAGAUGUUGAGAUUGGUAACAUCAUCUCCAAUGCCAUGAAGAAGGUGGGUCGCAAAGGAGUCAUCACUGUUAAGGAUGGUAAGACUUUACAUGAUGAGCUGGAGAUUAUUGAGGGUCUGAAGUUUGACCGUGGAUACAUCUCUCCCUACUUCAUCAACACAGCCAAAGGCCAGAAGUGUGAGUUCCAGGAUGCGUACCUGCUGCUGAGUGAGAAGAAGAUCUCCAGCGUCCAGAGCAUUGUGCCAGCCCUGGAGCUUGCCAACCAGCAUCGCAAGCCUCUGGUCAUUAUUGCGGAGGAUGUGGAUGGCGAAGCCCUCAGUACAUUGGUUCUCAACAGGCUAAAGGUUGGACUCCAGGUAGUGGCAGCUAAGGCCCCAGGCUUUGGAGACAACCGGAAGAACCAGCUGGUGGAUAUGGCCAUCGCCACAGGAGGCACUGUGUUUGGUGAUGAGGCGAUGGGCCUAGCCCUGGAAGAUAUCCAGGCUCAUGACUUCGGCAAGGUCGGCGAGGUGCAGGUUACCAAAGAUGAAACCAUGCUGCUGAAGGGCGGCGGUAGCUCAGCAGCCAUUGAGAAGCGGGUGGCAGAAAUCGCUGAGCAGCUGGAGAACACCACCAGUGACUAUGAGAAGGAGAAGCUCAACGAGAGGCUGGCCAAGCUAUCUGACGGAGUGGCUGUGCUUAAGAUUGGAGGAACAAGUGAUGUUGAAGUGAACGAGAAGAAGGACCGUGUGACGGAUGCUCUGAAUGCCACACGGGCAGCCGUAGAGGAGGGUAUUGUGCCAGGAGGAGGCUGCGCCCUUCUGCGUUGCAUCUCUGUACUCGACAGCAUCAAACCUGCCAAUGCUGACCAGAAGAUUGGUGUGGACAUUAUCAGGCGGGCUCUCCGCAUCCCAGCAAUGACCAUUGCCAAGAAUGCUGGUGUGGAGGGUUCACUAGUAGUGGAGAAGAUCCUGCAGGGAGGAGCUGAGCUGGGCUACGACGCUUUGCAAGGAGAGUACGUCAACAUGGUGGAGAAGGGCAUCAUUGAUCCCACUAAGGUGGUGAGGACGGCACUACUAGAUGCAGCUGGAGUAGCCUCCCUGCUCUCCACCGCUGAGGCCGUAGUCACAGAGAUACCCAAGGAGGAGAAAGACAUGCCAGGAGGGGGCAUGGGAGGAAUGGGUGGCAUGGGAGGCAUGGGAGGCAUGGGUGGCAUGGGUUUCUAAGCCAACCCUGCUGAAGUGCUGUACAGACUAUAAUUGGCAGAGUGGUGCUGGGUGUGGCCUAAGGGCAAAUGGUCUUCCAAGACCCACCUCCCUCCACUGAAGCCUGCCCCAAAAUGACUGGUCGCGAAUUUGUCGGAGCUGCAAAUGGUUGAUGAACCCCACUACAUUGCACAAUCCUUCUCUCUCUUUUUCUCUCUCUCCCGCUUUUUGCAGUAGCCAGCCUUGCCUGACCCAGUGCUUCUCCGUCCCUCCCGCUCUCCUUCCCUAGCCAUACAUUCAUGCGCAGUAACAAUAGCUGGGCGCCCAACCAGCCCCGACUCCACACUUACACCACUGUUGACACAUCUGCCCUAUGGGCCCGUCUGAGUCAUCAACAUUUGCACACUUGUCUAGUUCACGAUGUGUUUCGUUCAACAGAGAGUAAUCCUGGUGAAGAUGUAGUUAUAUUUCUAUCAAGUUGUGAAGACGUUUAUGAAGGUGGCCUGUGAUAGCAUAAAAAUGCCUUUACAAAAACAACACGCAUAUUAAUUAUGAUGUUAUGUGAAAAGGAGAUGAUGGAAGAAAAGCCCAGCCAGGAAUGUGUAACUCUCAUUUUAAUUCUUUUCCUUUGUUUUUCCAUUAUAGCUCUACUUAGCUCAUUUUGAGUGUGUUAAAAACCUUUAACCCUACUUUAAACCAACUUUCUCAGAGCACGAAACAUUUCUGACCAUCUCUCUGACGCGACAUUGAUGUUGAGUCCUCUUUGAAUGUCUAGCAAUGGGGAGGAAAGUGAUGUUCCCCUCCUUAAGGUCAGAGUCUGACCCCAUGGGUAGAUGGUGAGGUUUACCAGAAUUUUCAUCACUAAGGGCCUGUUUAACAGCAAAACAUCACAAUGUUUUACAGAGAUGGUCUGUGCUGAGCAGCGGCUGUUUGAGGAAGCCAUUUCAAUGUAUGCGGUGCUUUGUAGUCAUUUUGUCUGUCUAAGUGUGAGUCCUUACUGUCUUCUCAAACGCUAUUUAAAGAGUACUUUUAACUGAAAAAAAUGCAUAUUUGAUACUACUUGUGUUUACCAUUUGCUCUGUUGAAGGAGUUGGACUAGGUCAGCUGGUGGGGCUUCAGUUACAAAGCGGUUUUGACCAUUCAAGGUGUCGACCACAAAGUUUAAUGUGAAAACCUUUUGGCGUCCUUGUGUUGUCAAAAUGUCCACCUUAAUUUUUGCAACAUUUUGCCUGCUAAUACUUGUAUGCUCUGAGUUACUAAGACAGCUCCGAUGGUCCAUUCAAGCCAGAAAAAUGUUGAUACUUAAACGGAAGUGGUGUUUUCCAGUAAUUUACAUUAAUUCCAUUGCAAUCAGCAGUGAUCAUUCAACUUGUUUUGUACAAUGUAGACAUUGAUUUUUUUUUUUAUUUAAUAAAUCAAAUAU